ACUGAGCCGCCUCUUGAACACGGGUCUGGACUCGGAGUCAUUAGCCUUGUGCGUCCGAUUGUGCGAGAACGGGGCUCAUCCCCAGGCCUUGGCCACCAUCAUCAAGGAGAUAAAGAAACAAGCCCAGGCUCUCAAGCAAGAGGAAGAUCGUAACACAUCGACGGUUUAAGAGACAAAACUAAAACGACUGUCCACUGAAGUGAUCUGCCCAGAGCAUGGGCGUGGUAGUGUUACAAGCUUACCCGGUAUCGGCGGAUAAGACUGUUCCUCAGACAAUAGAGAUUCUUCAGAAGCGCAUCAUCAAUCUCGGAGCCAAUCCAGCUGGACAGUUCUUGGUUGAUUGCGAGACUUAUUACUCCACCCCAGCGUUGUCCAACCCGCCCAAGACUUUGAAUGUGUUGCACAAUUCCGAGCAACCCGCCACUGUGUUUUCCGUAUUAGAGAACGUCAACAAAUCCGUGACCUUUACGAGUGAUACUCUCUUCGAUUUGUUGUUACUCAAACUUACCAACGUGUACCAGAAGAAGUCUCGAAUUGAGUCCAAGGGAUCACGCUUUGAAAUUGGGGACUUCCUCGUCAAAUUGGGCAUCGUGAGCGUGUCAGGCUCCUGCAAAGGAAUCUUAGUGGAAGUGGAAUAUCUCCCUUGCGUUGUGGUCCAGAGCUCUUGGGGUCUGCUUUUCGAGUUUAUGCAAGGCUUUUUGGGAGGUGUGGUGUCCAAUCAAGUGCCCGUGAUUUUGAAACGCAAGGCGAGCAACGAGAAUUAUACUCCCGUGGACACGGUUCAACAAUAUUUAGAGCAAUUCAACGUUUUCCGUAAGAAUAACACGCUUGGCCAAGGUGGUCGACUUCCUCAAGGACAGCAGCCCCAACAGCAAGCACAACAACAAUCCCAGCCACAGCCUCAACAAGUGACAUCUCAAUAA